UUUAUUUUUUUGCUGGCCUCCCUGAUCGACGUUACCGACCAGCGACAUUUUUCGUCGGCUGGUGUAUUUUACCGAAAAGUGCCCAUAAAAAUCAGUGAAAAUGUUGGGCCGUUUUGCACCAGGGGUGUGCACCCAGGUGGUUGCUGUGAACGCUCAGCAACAACAAAGGAAUAUGGCUACUUUGAAGGCCAUUUCCAUCCGUCUGAAAUCUGUAAAGAAUAUUCAGAAGAUCACCCAAUCUAUGAAGAUGGUGUCAGCUGCUAAGUACACUCGUGCUGAACGUGACUUGAAGGCUGCCCGCCCCUACGGCGAGGGUGCCAUUCAGUUCUACGAGCGCGCUGAGGUGGCUCCCCCUGAGGAUGAUCCCAAGGAACUGUACGUCGCUAUGACGUCUGACAGGGGUCUCUGCGGCGCGGUGCACACCGGCGUGUCGAAGGUGAUCCGCAACCGCCUGAGCGAGCCGGGCGCGGAGAACAUCAAGGUGAUCUGUGUCGGUGACAAGUCGCGCGGCAUCCUCCAGCGGCUCUACUCCAAGCAUAUCAUCUCGGUUGCUAACGAGAUCGGGCGCCUGCCUCCGUCGUUCGGCGACGCAGCGAGGCUCGCCAACGCGAUCCUGACCUCAGGCUACGAGUUUGCGUCCGGCAAGAUCGUUUACAACAAGUUCCGCUCUGUCGUCUCCUACCAGCAGUCCGACAUGCCGCUCUUCAGCCAGAAGGCUGUUGAGAGCGCCCCAAAACUGGCGACCUACGACUCUUUGGACUCCGACGUGGUGCAGUCCUACAUGGAAUUCUCUCUGGCAUCCAUGCUGUUCUACGCGCUCAAGGAAGGCGCUUGCUCCGAACAGUCUUCCCGCAUGACUGCCAUGGACAACGCCUCCAAGAACGCUGGAGAGAUGAUUGACAAGUUGACUCUGACCUUCAACAGAACUCGCCAAGCCGUGAUCACUAGGGAGCUCAUUGAAAUUAUCUCUGGUGCCGCCGCUUUGGAUUAAACCUCUUCAAUUGGGAUCGGGGUGUUCAAGGUCAAGAAUUUAUGGUUGAAAAUGGUGGCUUUUUAAAGGAUUAGGGAUAAAAGUGUUCAUAUAAGAUUUUUCGAAAGAGGUACUUCAAUAGUAUCAAUGAAAACAGUCGAAAUCAAUCAAAAAUGCAUCAAGCUACCAUAAAAAUUAAGCAUUUCCGAUCCCGAAAAACGCGGUUUUAAAAAACAAUACAUUUAAAAUUUUGAAUUUAAAAUUUUGGAACUGCCGAAUCAUGUAAUCAAUAGUAAUUUAUUAUGUACAAUCGAAGUCGACAUUCCCGAGCCGAUAUUUAGUGGUUCUGUACUACUCACACGACUUCACGACACUGGCUUUAAGACCACAGAAUUCGUUAAGUAUUGGCUCGAAUAAGCCGUGGUAAUAACCUUGUUAUGUAAGGAUACAGUGGUGGUUAGCAAUAAAGUAUUGUUUAGA